UUGGAAUUUUCAUCGCGAUUUCAACAAGUUUUCGGACAGAGCGGGUGCUUUGAAUUAAAAUUUAUUUUUGGCUUUGACAAACAUAAACACCCACUCCAAGUGAAAUAAUGGGACAUUUUUAGCUUCAAUAUGUUUAAUUUUUCAUUCUAAAACAGUUCUACUGGAAGUACUUCAUAGUCAAAUAGGAAGGGUCGCGGGAGUUUUGGCGUCGUUGACAGCGGUGUCCGUGCAAGUUUUUGUCUAUCACUUUCGUCGUUCUCAGAAAUUAUAUUACCACAAUGUACCAUCACUUCUUUGACAGAAGAGGAGACCAAUUGGAUCACUUCCCAACACGAGAAAACGGAGAAAUGUAUUACGGUUCCCAGAUGCAGCUCAGUCCAGAGCGAACAUCCCUCAACUCAUUAAAGGGAGGUAAUCCACAGGAUUCUAUGCUCUCGUUGUUUCCUGAUGAUGACAGUGGUUUUAAUUCAACAUUUAGAUCAAAAAGUCGCUCAGGGCUAUAUUUAUCCGACGAUUACAACAGUUUAUCUCCGAGAAUGAACCGAUCACGCUCCAUGACACGUCUUCCAAUGACCAGCUCCCAAGACCUCGACCCACUCCUCACACAGUCGCACCGGAUGCGACCGUUCGAGCAUUCACUGCGGCACUUGAAAGAUAAUUUAGAUGACAGUGAAAACAGACGUAUUGUUUUGGUACAUAAGUUAAAAGAAGCACAAGAAACAUUAGAGUUACAAAAUGACAGAUUAAACAGGAUUGAGGGAACGGCAAAAACAAACUCGGUGCUUGUAGAUGAUCUGAAAUACAAAGAAAAGGAAUAUAGAGAUAAAAUCAACCAUUUAGAACACUCAGAAGAAGCCAAGUUGUAUCUCAAAUCAGAAAAUGACAGACUACGAGAAGAAAUGCAACAUAGGAUUGACAAGCUCGACUUCCAGUUGCGAUCAUUACAAGCACAGCACCAAGUCUCUGAGACAGAAAACUUUAAACGUAGCAAUCUCCUAGAGCAAAGUACGACAGCAUUGUCUUUACUGGAAAAUGAGAACACUAAGCUGAAAAAGGAUAAAGAUACAUUACGGCAGGAAUUAUUGGUGGCUAAGGAAGCUCUGGAGUUAGCUAGAGAGAAAUAUGGACCCAUGGAGGGAGAAAAUAAAAGUUAUAAACAUGAAAUAGAAAGAAUUAAAGAGACAUUCCUAGAAAUGAAAGAGGAAAAUGACAGACUGUCACACAAAGCUCAUUCAGCCACAAGUAAGUUAAAUGAACUCAAAGAUCUCACAGAGUCCAUGAGGGAGGAGAAUGAAAAAUUGGCCAGUUCUUGGAAACAGCUUGCAGAGGAAAAGCAAAAGUUGGUUCGAGAGAUUGACAAUAACCAAGAAAAUCACCGAGAGGCGAGAGCGCGUGUAACUAACCUGGCAACAGAAAGAGAUCGACUAUUUAACGAGAAAAUGGAAAUGACGUCUAAAACACAACAGCUUAUGAUUGAUAAGGAACAAAUUGAAAAGGGAUGGAAAAAAUUGAGACAGAAAAAAGAUUUAGUGGAAAAGACAAAGAUCGCACUAGAAGAGCAGAUUGCUGAGCAGGAAGAAGAAUUGACGCGGAUCAGAAAAGGCGUCAAACGGAAGGAUGAGGAACGGCGCCUUCUAGAGGAGAGCUUGCAUGACUCAAAAAAUAACUAUGACGAACUGUACAAAGAAUUAUCAAAUGUACGAGCAUAUUACGAGAGAUCGUUGGAACAAAUCAGUGUCCUGGAGAACAACAAACAUUUAGCCAUACAACAAAUGGAACUUGCUGAACAUGAAAAAGAACGUCUCCGUGUUGAAAAUGAUCGUCUCAGAGAGUUGGCAGAAGGCAGGUCUCGAGAUCUAAAAAAUGAGAGAGAACAACUGGAAGAAGCUGUCCUAGACCUUAAGGUGAUACAGACUAUAGCUCAACUGCAGGAUGACUUACGCCAUAUGAAACAGGAAAAGUCAAAGGCAGACGACAAAGUGCAGGAACUGGAAAUCAAAUUACAAAAAUCCAAUGAUGAUGUGAAGGAAAUGGUUAGUUUGAAGCAGGGUGAGAUUGAUACACUAAAGUCAACUUGUGACCGUUUGUCUGCAGGAACUACCAAAAAGGAGACAGAACUACAGGCAAUGUCUGAAAAGGUACAACAGGUAGAAUUGCAGAAUGAGAGGUUGAGAGAUGAACUACGAGGUUACAAAGAGGAUUGCGAACAGUUGUCUGAUCAAGUUGAAGAUAUCAAAAAACUCAAAGAUGAAAAUCGCCGUCUGCUGCAAGAAAAGGCGGAAAAUGAGCAGGUGAUCAAGCUCCUGGAGACUCAGAAGGAAGUGCUGUCUAAAAGUGAUACUCGUUUAAAACAAAAGGAUGCCCGACACAGACAAAAGGCUGAUUCCAGUAUGGAAAAACUGAAAGAUAUUGACAAGUUGACAGAUAAGAUAGAGCAGUACAGAAGUGAUAAUGAACAUCUGAGGAGUAGGAUCAUGGAACUUGAAAAGGUGCGGGACAAUCUAAUAGCUCAAAAGGAAGAACUUCUGGCUAAUAGUGAGCUAAUCUACAAGAAGCCACAGUUAGAAGAACUUGAAGCAAAGAUUGACGAGUUAAGAGAUGCAAAUAAGCAGCUAAGGGAGAUUAAUGAACAAGUCAAUGAGAAAGCUGAGAUCUUACAACAGGAGAAUGCAACCUUGAAAGAUGCAGUUGGUGGGGACGGUUCAGUGGUGCCUAGGGUAGAGCUUGAAAGACUUACAAGAGAGAAGGAACGGAUGCAAAGUGAUUAUGAUCAUUUGAAACAGGAGCACGAAAACCUUGAAGAGCGACAUCAGCGGUUUAUAAUUCAGUACGGUCACGAAGGUUCCGAGGCUAAGAAAGACAAAGAAGAGAUAAAUAGAUUGAAUACAGAGAAAGAAGCAUUAGAGAAGACAGUUGCUCUUAUCAAUGGUCAGAUGUUGUUAGUAGAGGGAGGUAAAAAACGUCUGGAUGAUGUAGUAGAUGAUCUUCAGACUGAAAUUGUCUCCCUUAGACAACAGUUGGAGGAGGCUGAGAAAAAGAUCGCUGAAUAUGUAUCGAAGGAGAAGGAAGAAAAACAAGUAACGAGUGGUGAGCCUCAGGGUCAACCGCAUUUGCCAUUUUUCCCGUCGAUGCGGGUCAGACAUCAGCCAGAGGUAGAAGCUCUACAGGAAGAAAUAAAUAUACUAAAUGAGCAGCUUGAUGAAUCAAAAUAUGAGCAAGACAAACAAAGAAGGCUUAUCCAAACAUUGAAAGAUGACAUUGAGGAAGAGAGAAAUAAAAAACCUACUCAGAUUAGAGAUUUUGAGAAACUUAAAAAUUCCCUGAGCUCUGUUGGACAGGAAUCUCUAGACGACGUCGGGACAGAGUUACGGGACAUGAGGGACGAGCUUCAUAAACUAAUGGGAGUAAUAGAGAGCAAAGAUCAUGCCAUAGAAACUUUAGAAAACCAACUCAGGACCUCAAAAGGCGAAGUUCAAAUGAAGGCUCAGGCGAUGUCUGAUCUUCAAGUAUUAGUCUCGGAUCUCGAGCAGAAGAAUGAAGAGUUACGACACAGUGUAGAUGGUGUAAGACAUAGUGUGGAGGAGAAGUUGUUAUCACCUAGACACACAAGUCCAAGACUAUCCAGUCCAACACAGCGACAUACCAGUCCGAGCCCACCAAGGACAUCUAGAUCACCAACUUCUAGAGGGUCAAGGAUACCAAGAAAAGUCGAGGAUAGCACUAGGGAACCACACUCGGGAGACCUGUUUGGUGUAAUUACAGGCAGAUCACGAAGUCAGGAUAGGGGUAGUGAAAUUAUUAAAAGGCUCAAACCUGCCGAGUCUGUGUUUAAACGCGAGUCUCGCUCGCUAACUAAAUCCUCGACCGAGUCCGACACCUCUGAAGGUAUUGACGUAGUUCCUGGAAAUUAUGGAUCUAAAUUUAUAUCUAAACAAAUAAAGCGGAGCCAAAGUGAAAAAGGUGGAGACCGACUACAGAGCCUUAUCUCAAAAUACCGUGGUUACAGCGAUUCAGGAAGCCUACCGGAACGGAAGAUAAAACCUCUCUCAAUUUCACCGAGUAGUAAAAUGGGAUUAGUCACAAAGGGGCGGAGCUUUGGGCCAGCGGCCCCUAAAACAGAUAAAGAGGUGAGUGGUGAGGACUCUGAAUCACGUGUGCAAGAAUCUCACUUUCCUUUUACCUCAUCACAUUUAGCAAAUUCUGAAUCUUAUGCCCAAAAAAAUAGUCCCAUUUUGCAAGAAAAUAGUGCCACAGAUAAUGAGGUGCUAGUUGAGAGAGCGGAUGCUUCUGGACAAACAGAAACAGAGGGUGGAUUAGAAAAAGGCGGGAACGGGGAGACGGGCACCGAGGGUCAGGGAGAAGAAGAUGAAGAAGAUGAAGAUGAAUCGACUGAAGAAGAAUCUGAUUCGGAACAAAAAGAUAUUGACAGACUUAUUGACAGUUGCUAUAGAACUCACUUAGCAUUUCUAAAGAAACUCAAGAAGCGAGGAUACAAGGGGCCUAAGGGAGGUAAGAAUGGCGGAUGGCUGAAAGUCACUUUUGCCGAUCAAAGUGCGUCUCCCCCAAAACCGAUCCUGUCUGUUAGUCCACCAAAAAUCACCAGCAAGGUCAUAGCUGGCCUGCUGAGGAUGUCGACAGGCUUAUCAUCUCAAACGACCUUGACCCCGGACACUCCUCCCUCACCUCCGACCUCUGCACUGCCUGAUAGCUUGUGAUCUAUUUAUAGCACAACCUUCACCUUUGACCUUCAUUGCACAAGGUACACUAAAGUCCUUAAAAUGUGAACAAAAUUCUCCCUCAUGACAGUUAUUUAGGUCAACCUUACAACCAAUCAGAGCAGAGGAUUCUACAGGAACCAAUCAAAUCUUGGGGAAAUGUUUCAACCAAUCAGAUACCUUUUUACAAGACUGAACAAAAAUUGUAUCCAAUCAGAAGUUGUUUUAAGCAAUACUUGGCCAUUGAUCUGGACUUGAUCAACCAAUCAAUAUGUGAUAUUUUUUUAAACAAAAAAAAGAAAGAAAAGCAAAGAGAAAAUAAUGAUACAUGUACAUACAAAACUAUCAUAAUCUUAGCAAAGCAUCGUUUUGAAUAAACCUUGGAAACCAAAAUAUUGUGAUAAAAAACAACACUGUACCAUAAAAAAUACCAUGAUGACCUUCAAUUUUAUAUCGGGUACCUUGAGUGAAGUUUGAUUAUUCUACAUAUUAAAUUCAUUUUUAAUUUUCAAUUUGAUUAAUUGUUGAAAAGAAGCAGUUGCCCUUAAUUUCAUUUCUCAAUUUAUGUGACUAACUAAACACAGUCCAAAGAAAUGUUUAGUUCAUUUAAAUUUUUCAAGCAUUCAUGCAUCUGUUUAGAUUUGAUAAUGUUUUGUUGACUUUUUGAGUGUACUCAGUUUUCCAGUGUGGAUGAAUUAAGGUAGCUUACUGUGAUACUAUAAAGGGAUAUAAAGGUAGGAUUUUUAUGAUGGAAAAAAAGCAAAAAAUAACAAAAAGAAACAAUAAGUUUAUUCACUAACACAGGACAAUAUAUGAGAUAGUUGGGUUUGAUUGACAAGAAGUUGGAUUCUGAAGUAAUUUGGAACAAUGCCUCAAGUUGUAUUGCAACAAAGCCUCAAUAUUUAGUAUUUGUAAAAGCAAAGAUUUAUGUUAAUGAUGUAUUUGUCAAAGCAAUUAGCGGGUUUGUUGAAUACUGAAUUUUAUGACUUGUUGUUGAACAUUAGUAAAGUUUUGAAAUAGCUAUUUGAUGCAAGAAAGUGUUUGAAAAUAUACCUUUAUAUCCUUUUAAUAUAGAAUUAUGUGAUAGAUACUUUUAUUAUGAAAAUAUACUGACCUUUGCACUAACAGAGCUCUAUACAAUAUUAGCCUGCAGAAUCUAAUAUAACUGGACUCCCUGAACUGGACAGUAAUUUGACCUGCAAUUUGACUUUUGUUUAUUCUGUUACUAGGGGGCCUCUUUGGCAUAGUGGUUAAGGUUGCUGCAAACUGCCUGUCACUACUUUGGGUUCAAAUCUCAUCAGUUAAAAAAACUGAAUCAUUUGAAAUACAAUUCAAUGAUAACUUCGUUUUUGUUUCGGUUCUUUUUUGUUUGCGAGGGUGGGGGGAGUGGAAGGGGGAUGUUUAUUUUAAUAUUCAAGGUGUAUAAUUAUAAAUAUCUCUUUUUCUGCAUUUUACGAUUGUCAGUAUAUUUUCACACUUUAAGUAUUCUCUUAUUUUACAAAAUCAGAUUUUUAUGUGAUAUACAUGUAUAUAUACAAUUAUAUUUUUAUAUACUUAAUUUUUUUAUACUGUAUUAUAUCUGAUUUCUUAUUUUACAUCUGCAUUUUUGACAAAGUUGGAUUUUAAAACAAGACUUAAAUAUCUUUAGUAGAAGAUGCAGUUUAUAAAUAUUUUGUAUGAAAAAAAUGCUUCAAACCAAUUGCACAGCCCUAGCUCAAUCAUAGAUCCAGGCUGGUUUACACCCAAUAGUCUUAAGACUCUAUUCAUUGUUUGAAAUUUCUUUUUUGACUACCCGAAAAAUUGAUAAUGGAUGGUUCCGUUUUGCAAGCUGGUGAAAUCUAUUAUAAGAAAAUUGGCAGGAUUAGGUUUAUAAUUAUACAUUUUGUUGCAGAAAUUGGCACCAUAAAUAUACUAGAUUUCUAGACAUUUUUUGUCUAUUUAAUUUUUUUCUUCAAGUAAUAAGUAUGUCUGCAAGAUAUUUUUUAAUUUGAAAUUGUAGCCAAAGAAAGAAAAGAUAUCAAAAUUACUUAUGUCUUACAUUUUAUUUGUUGAGAAAAGCUAUUAAAGAAAACAAAUAUUGUAAUAACCUAGACAAAAAUAGGAUGUAGCAAAAACAGAGGUUUGGCUACAAUGUUUUAUUGGUUAUUGACCUUAUGCUUCUUAGUUUUUACUGUUGCUUUUCAAUUUACAGACUUUAGUCUUUGAUACAAUUAAUCAAAGUACUGACUGAUUAGUAAUCGCUGAAUUUCUUAAGUGAACUUGUCCAACCUCAAGUUUGGAGCUGCCCAUUAUCAAUUUUAGGGAUAUCAAAUUCUGAAAAUAUGUCGGGCAACAGUAUAUAGCAUGGUCAGACUCUACUAUUGCACAGUCUGGCUUGGCUUUGUGCUGGUGGCCAUGGCCAGUCACUUGGUUCCAGCAGGGUAAGGUAAUUUGUGAUUUUUCAACUCAAAUGAAAAGAAAAUAAUAUGCUCCUUUUGGGAUAAAAUUAAUACAUUUUUAACAGUAUAAUUCAAUUAGUUUUGCUUUUAACCAUCCUCUACAAUUUUUCAUGGUAUCAAAUAUUAUUUGAGCUGCGUCAUGACAAAACCAACGUAAUGGGAUUGAGACCAGCAUGGAUCCAGACCAGCCUGCGCAUCCGCGCAGUCUGAUCAGGAUCCAUGCUAUUCGCUUACCAACUCUAUUACAAGUAGAGAAACUGAUAGCUUACAGGAUGGAUCCUGAUCAGACUGCGCGAAUGCGCAGGCUGGUCUUGAUCCAUGCUGGUCGCAAACCCAUUAUGUUGGUUUUGUCGUGACGCAGCUCAAUUAUAUAUUAAAGUUGUGAGUGCCGCACACCUAGGCUGGCCAAACAAAUUUUUUAAAUUAUUUUUGAAAAACAUCAAAUUUUUUAGUAAUUGUGAAACGUGUAAAUUAAUUCAAAGUUGAAAUAUAGAAACAAAUUUACGUACUUUUUAAAUAUUUAUAUUUCAAACCUGAUUUGCCAAUUUCAGUCUCAUUUUCAGCACAAACAAAAUAAAAAUAUUUUUUUUAUAUAAUGACUAAAUCUGCUAUUUUUGUCAUAUCUCUACAUAUUACUGGAUAUUUUUGCAUAUUUUGACAAAUUUAUGUUAAUUAAUAUAAUUUUUUAUGACUUCUAUUCUAUCUAAAGUUACCUUAUAAUUCUUUUAAUAUUUAGAACACUGCAACAUUUUCUUUUUCAUGGGAGCCUACACAGUGUUGAUUUUGAAGUGCACUUUUCUUAUGAAAACAGGAAGAACAUGUCUACAUGUAUUGUUUGUGGUGGAGUAAAGCAUUUAAUACUACCCUUGGAAAUUACCUAUAAGUAUAAAUAUAUACAACUGGCUCUUGCACAGGGUAGAUAGAAAUAUGGUGAUUAAUUGGUUAAUUAGAAAUAUAAUGAUUAAUUAGAAAUAUGGUGAUUUAUUAGAAAUAUGGUGAUUAAUUAGAUAUAUGGUGAUUAAUUUAGUAGUAAUAUAACUGAGUCAAAGUUUGUAUAUUACAUGUAAAGUGUCAAUUAGAUUAUCCCCGUUAAAAACCAAAACAAACGCACAAGCAAAACAAAAUGAAUACUUAAACAUUUCUUUAACUAUUAAUUUAUUUUUUCUGUUGUGAGAUAUUUUGAAAGUUCGUUUGAAAAUCUGGAGGAUGCUACUUUAAUAAAUGAGACAAUUAAGAUUAUGAGUAAAAAUCGCAUGUUGACAUUAGAAAAAAAAGUUUUGGUUCAGAUAAUUGACUUUGAUGAUAUUUUAUCAUAUAUUUCUGAGGUAUGAAAUUUGAGAAAGUUUUAUUUAACAUUGUUAUGUAUGAAAUUUGUGUAUGAUAAUGAAUGUUCAGCUUUAACUUAAGAAUUACAGAAUGUUUGUGGUUCUUCUGAGGUGCCAGUUCCUGACUAAAUGAGGCAUAAAAUGGCACACGAGGUCAGACAUUGCAAAUAAAUUUAGAAAAGUUGCCAUAUGACCUUAAAAGUGUUGAUGUGCUAUUGAACACAACAAAAGAUUCCAAGAAGAUAAUUAUAUAUUUAUACAUUAUCUAGUACAGUAAUUGUGAUUUUAUACCUAUAAUUCGUCCAUUAUUUAUACAGUAUUAGAAUUUUUGUUUCGUUUGUUUAUUGUGUACGUCUUUGUCUUUUAUGUUCACCUGUGUUGUGUACAAGCAUUUUUAGAAAAAAUUAUUUUAAUAAAAAAUAUUAACUUAAAAAUUA